AUGGCGCCGGCCACAAACUCGGACCAGGACGUCGAAGUCGCAGACGACGAAGAAAAGGGCUACGGCCCCCCUCCGGACGGCGGCCUCGAGGCGUGGCUCCAGGUGCUCGCGACGCACCUCAUCAACGCCAUGACCUGGGGCUACGCCGCCUCCUUCGGCGUCUACCAGCUGUACUACGUCGAGACGCUGGGCCUGCCGUCGUCGCAGGUCUCGUGGAUCGGCUCCGUCCAGAUCUUCUUCACGUACGUCAUCUGCGCCGUGUCCGGCCGGCUCGCCGACGCCGGCUACACGCGCGAGACGGUCGCCGUCGGCACGUUCCUCGCCGUCUUCGGGUCCUUCAUGACCAGCCUCGCGCGCACGUACUGGCAAAUCUUCCUCGCCCAGGGCGUCUGCAUCGGCAUCGGCCUCGGCGUCGCCUUCAUGCCCGCCAUCUCCGUGCUCAGCUCGUACUUUGACAAGAACCGCUCCUUUGCGCUGGCCGUCUCGGCGGUCGGCACCUCGGUCGGCAGCGUGACGUUUCCCGCCACCAUCCAGUAUCUGACGCCCAAGGUCGGCUUCGCCUGGGCGGUGCGCGUCGCCGGCUUCAUCGCCCUGGCCAUGGCCGUCGUCGCCAACCUCCUGCUCAAGCCCAGGCUGCCGCCGCGCAAGUCGGGCCCCCUGCUGGAGCUCAAGGCCUUUUCGGAGCUGCCUUAUCUGUUGUUCUCCAUGGCCUCCUUCGUCUACUUUUAUGCCCUAUACUUUGUCGUCUUUUAUAUCAAUAGUUACGCCCGCAACAUCAUUGGCUUCUCGGACCAGGACGCCAUCAACCUGCUGCUCAUCACAAACGCCAUGGGCAUCCCUGCGCGGCCAAUUGCGGGAUACAUUGCGGACCGUCACACAGGCCCAAUCAACCUCUUCUCCGCCGCCACCGUCGCCGUGAGCGUCAUGAUAUACGCCUGGGUCGGAGUCACGACCCGGACGGGCAUGUACGUCUUCAGCGCCGUCUACGGCUUCGCUGUCGGCACCAACCAGGGCACGUUUGUCGCCUCCCUGACCAGCCUGACCAAAGACCCGCAGAAGAUGGGCAUCCGCUUCGGCAUGGUAGAGACGCUGUGCUCGCUGGCGACGGUGGCCGGGGCGCCGACGGCCGGGGCCAUUAUCGAUCACAACAACGGCGACUUUUUCUGGGCGCAGAUAUGGGGAGGGACCGUCAUGGCGGCCGCAGCAGUCAUCUUCGUAGCGUGUCGCAUUUUCGUGACCGGAUGGAGACUGGUCAAGAUUUAG